AUGUAUUAUCGCCGCGCUCAGCUACCAGCGGGAGGCGGCGUAGCCGCAGCCGCGACCCAGUUUGGCCCGGUCCGAACAGACUUUCGCCAGCGGUGCGCAAAGCUGCUGGUUGCCUCACUGCCCAUCCUGUUCGCUCUGGCCUCAUUUGCCCAGGCAGCCAACCAGGAGCUGGUACUCCGAGCACACUCCGCGGCCAUCGAGCGGGACCUGCAGCACAAUGCUGAGCUUCAAGAGCGGGCCAAGGAAGCCGUACAGCCUGUACGGCAGCACCUGGCGGAGAUACGGGAGCAGCUGCGGGAUCUCGAUGAGAAGCGCCUGGCGGCGGCAAGCCGUGGCGAGUACGGCACUGCCGCGACGCUGCGGUCACGCAUGGACGAGCUUGCCGUACAAGCUGCCGCUCUGGAGGCCAAGAGCCAGGAGAUACAGGACCAGAUCGACGGCAUAGCUGAGGUCGAGAGCGCUGUACGGCAGAAGCAAGCAAGCCAGCUGUUGUGGCUGAGCAGCGAGCUACGAGCUCUGUCGGCGGCGGCCGAGGGAACCAUUCGGCGGCUGCAGGGGGAGCUCGCCGGGCUCCGGAUGCGCUUGGAUACAGCCACGGAGGCCCGAGCCACUCUUGGCAAGGCUCUCUCAUCCCGGGUCCAGAGUGCGGAGGUGAGGGGGGAGCUCAGGAGUCUGGCGGAGGAGGUACGGCAGGUGGAGCUGCUGGCGGAGGAGGAAGUACGGCAGGACAGACUCGCCAAUCGCGCGGUGCUGUCUGACUCCGCCUCCCUGGCCGCCAACCUCACCGCGGCCGACUCCCUCGCCAGCGCCGCCAGUCUGGAGAUGGCCCUGCUGCGGCGGCAGAUGGAGAUGGCGCUGCAGAUGCAGGACUACGACCACGCCGCGCGGUUAUCAGUCGCCCUCGGGGACCUCCGAGAGGCGCGGGAGGAAAGCGCGGAGAGCAGGGAGACGCUGGAGAAGCUCAUGGCGGCACAUGAAGCGGUUGUACGGCAGCGGCUUUCGGACUACAAGCACCACAUGACAAGGCUUGAACGCGCGUCUGAGCUUGUACGACAUGUACGGGACCUCCGCGACAUGUACGGGAAUGGCGAGGUUGACGACCGGGAGGCUCUGUCCCUGGCGGCCCGGCUGUCCGCGGCUGUGGAGGAGGUCCGGGUUUCGGAGCCCCCCCGGCUGAUGAAGCGCGAGGCGGCGGAGGCGGUGGUGAGGGAGGUGCUGUCCUAG